CCAUCAGGUGUGAGUGGGAGUGUUUGAGCCUUAGUUCCCGCUCUCAGCUCACUGACUGGAAACGCUCUACGCUCACGAUUCGGUGCCGCCAUGGUGACGUCACGCCCACCCGGGGUGCUUCUUACAGUUGUCGUCGUGUUGCUGCGGCUGUGCGUCGGGGUUAUCGCUCAAGCUGAGGACGAGCCAAUCACAAACGGCCUCACAGCAGUUGACAUCAUCAGUCUCGGCGAUGAAGAUGACGACAUGAUAGUUGGUGUUGCUGGCAAUGAUUACCCGACGUAUGCUGAAGUCCCUGACACUUCUUUUAGGUGUGAAGACCAGCAGUCCCCGGGUUACUUUGCUGACCAGGAAGCUGAGUGCCAGGUCUUCCACAUUUGCGUCGCUCAAGGUCGUCGGAUUCAGAAGUUCUCUUUCCUAUGUCCCAACGGCACCAUCUUCGAUCAACAGUACCUUGUGUGUGUGUGGUGGUAUAGCUUUGACUGUGCUCAAGCCUCCCAGUUCUACAGUGUUAACGAUGGUGUCUUCAGUGAUACGGGAUCUCCAGCAUCACCUGGUGGAGGCAACGUUGGCAACCCACGAGUCUCGGGUUCGGUAGGCGGACAACCAGGUUUUCCUAGAGCAGGUGGUUCUGCAGGAUCAGGAAGUGGAUUUCCUAAUCAAGGACUCGGUGGUUCAAAUGGACAACCAGGUUUAGCAGGACGACCAGGUGCCUCAGGACAGCCAGGUUCAGAUGGACAAGAUACAGCUUUUGGAGGCCCAGGAUCAACAGGCGGAUUUAGACCAGCAGAUGGGCGCCCUGGCUCAGCUGGGGGAGCAGGCUCAAGGGAUGGACGCCCUGGUUCAACUGGGGAAGCAGGCAUUAGAGACGGACGCCCUGGUUCGACUGGGGGAGCAGGCAAUGGAGAUGGUUUCCCUGGUUCGACUGGGGGAGCAGGCACUAGAGGAGGACGCCCUGGUUCAACUGGAGGAGCAGGCUCAAGGGAUGGACGCCCUGGUUCAACUGGGGGAGCAGGCACUGGAGAUGGAUUCCCUGGUUCUACUGGAGGAGCAGGCACUAGAGGAGGACGCCCUGGUUCAACUGGAGGAGCAGGCUCAAGGGAUGGACGCCCUGGUUCGACUGGGGGAGCAGGCACUGGAGAUGGAUUCCCUGGUUCUACUGGAGGAGCAGGCACUAGAGGAGGACGCCCUGGUUCAACUGGAGGAGCAGGCUCAAGGGAUGGACGCCCUGGUUCGACUGGGGGAGCAGGCACUGGAGAUGGAUUCCCUGGUUCAACUGGGGGAGCAGGCACUAGAGGAGGACGCCCUGGUUCAACUGGAGGAGCAGGCUCAAGGGAUGGACGCCCUGGUUCGACUGGGGGAGCAGGCACUGGAGAUGGAUUCCCUGGUUCAACUGGGGGAGCAGGCACAAGAGGUGGACGCCCUGGCUCAGCUGGCAGAGGCCAAGAAUCACUAAGCCCACAGGGUGGAUUCCCUGCAACACAAGGUGGAUUUCCCCGUCCCUCUGCAUCUGGACAGCCUGGACAAAACAACUUGGGGCAAAAUGUUGCAGAUUUCCCGAGACAGACUCAAGGAAUAGGAGGAUUUGGUUCACCUGGUUUAUCUGGCAAUGCAAUAAAUCAAAAUGGAUUUGGUCCUGGGCAGAAUACUGGAAAUCCAGGUUUGGGCCAGGUACAAGGCAUUUCUGGCCCAGGUCAAGCAGGAUUUGGCUCACAGCAACCAGGUCGUGCUACUGGCCAAAAUGGAUUAGGUCUGAGUCAGCAGCAACCUGGACAGACUGGAUUUGGUUCAGCCCAGAGUGGUUUUGGUCCUCAAAAGCCUAGUUCUAGCCCAGGUCAAUCAGGAUUUAGUCAAGGUCAGAGAGGUUCCACCCCAGGGCAGAGCGGAUUUGGAUCUGAACAGACAGGAUUUGGCCCAGGUCAGAAUCAGGCAGGUCUUGGUCUAGGUCAAAAUCAAAGACAGCCUGGCCCUGGUCAGAGUGGAUUUAGCUCUGGUCAGACAGGCUUUAAUCCUAACCAAAGAGGAUCUGCUCCUGGACAAAAUGACUUUGGGUCUGGUCAAGCUGCAUUUAACCCAAGUCAAGGACAGACAGGUUCUACACCAUCUCAAGGUGGAAUCGGUUCUGACCAGACUGGAUUCUCGGGUCCUGGUCAAACUGGAACUAACCAACGUCAAGGAUUUGGGCCAGGUCAGACACAGGCAGGAUUUAAUCCAGGUCAGACACAGGCAGGAUUUGAACGAGGUCAAACACAGGCAGGAUUUGGACCAGGUCAAACACAGACAGGAUUUGGGCCAGGUCAGACACAAGCUGGAUUUGGGCCAGGUCAGACACAAGCAGGAUUUGGGCCAGGUCAGACACAAACAGGGUUUGGGCCAGGUCAGACACAAGCAGGAUUUGGGCCAGGUCAGACACAGACUGGAUUUGGACAAGGUCAGAGACCAACAGGAUUUGGCCCAAGUCAGAACCAAAUUGGUUCUACUCCUGGACAAAGUGGUUUUGGGUCAAGUCAGACAGGUCCUGGUUUAGGCUUUGGUACAGGGCAGACACAGACAGGCUCUACUCCAGGUCAAGGUGGAUUUGGUUCUGGACAAGCCGGGUAUUCAGGACCAGGUCAGACUGGAUCUGGACAGAGUCAGCCAACCUUUGGCACAGGGCAGACACAAACAGGAUCUACCCCAGGUCAAGAUGGAUUUGUUUCAGGUCAGUCUGGAUUUGGACCUGGGCUAAACCAAGUAGGUCAAACACAGACAGGAUUUGGAUCAGGCCAGGGUCAAGUAGGAUCUGGCCCAGGAGUUGGACCAACACAGGACAGUCAACGGAGAGGUCAAUCUGGUCAGAGUGGUUUUUCAAGCCCAGGCCAAGUUGGCACAGAUCCAAGUUAUCCAGGAAUUGGUUUAGACCAGACAGCCUUUGAUCAAGGCAGGCCAACUCAAAAUGAAGGGAAUGCUGGUCUAAGACAAAAUACAAAUUUGGGCCAAGCAGUUUCUGAUGGAUUUGGUCCAGUUCAGGGUCAAGGCCAGCCAGGUUUUAUAAAUGGACAGGUCCAAUCUGAUUAUCAACCAGCUCAAGGACAGAGUCAAGGAGGAAUAGGACAAAAUCAGUUACAAUUUGAUACUGCACCAGGGCAAGAUCAAGGUGGAAUAGGUCAAAAUCAAGGACAGUUUGGAAUAGGUCAGGGCCAAAAUCAAGGAGGAUACAGUCCAGACCAAGGUCAAGCUGGGUUAAAUGUUGGACAAGGUCAGAAUGAGAUCAAUCCAAAUCAAGGUCAGGGAGGAUUUGGUACAGGCCCUGGACAGUUUGGCCAGAGGGAAAUUGUUGCAGGCCAAACACAACCAGGAUUUGGCCCUGGUCAGAACCAAAAUGAAUAUCAAUCAGAUCAACAGCAAACCGGUUUUGGCCCUGAUGUUUCAAGCCAGAGUGGCCAGGGAUUGCCAAACUUUGGUACUGAUUUGAACCAAGGUAAUGUAGAUCUUGGUGUCAGUAAUGUAAUCCAGGACGGAAUCAGUAACCAAGGAUCAACUAGACAAACAGGAGGCUCUCAGGGACUGGACACUGGGUAUAAUUAUCCCACUCCAGAGACAAGCCUCUUCAUUGGCUCUGGCCCUGCACAAGCAGACUUUGGAACAGCAGGCAUCGAUGGUAUUCUUGAUGUGCAGGAUUUAAAUCAAGGUGAAAUUUUACUCAUAGAUGAUCAGGAUUCCUUUGACACCAGUUACCAAGGUGAAGGCGGUUUCCAACAACCUGGUCAACAAACUGACGUUGGCAACACAGGUACAUCUGGAAAUCUGAAUGAGUUUUUAUUAAUCGAGAACCAGGACCCAGCUAUCAACACAGGAAAUGUCCAAGAUGAAAUCAUUGUCCAACACUCUGGAACUCCAACUGCAGGUAGUAAUUUAAACAAUUUUGAAAACACCGCUCUUUUGACUGGAGAUACAGGUACUAACAAUUUUAAUCCAAGUAUCCAAGGUAAUUCUGGAUAUCAGAAUGAGCAAAUCCAAGGCAACCAAGUAUUCCAAGUAAAUAACAAUGCCCAGGGAAAUGAAAUACUCCUUACUGAUGAUAAUACAUCCAAUGUAGGAUUUUCAGGAAAUCAGAAUACUGCAAAUGAAAAUGGAUACAGCUACCCAGAUCCAAGUUCAGUUUCCACAGGUACUUCAUUAAAUGACAAUCAACAAACAUUUAGCAUAAAUGUUCCACUUCCACCCCAGUCACUUGAUCCCAUCACCUCUGGACGUCCUGCUGUCUCAGAUGACACAAUUUUCAUUUUUACUUCUAAUAACGAUAAGGACAACCUCGGCACCACUCCAUAUUCCGACCUUCCGGCACCAAAGCCAGUCUUUACACCAACUGAAUUCCACAGCCAGGCAGAGACCCCUGUUCCAGCUGGAGGAUUUGAACCAGCCAUUACAAACUUCGGUUCUAUUUCACCUGGGGGAUUGACCCAAACUACAUCAGGAGAUUUUGGUCUUUCUUUGACAGGAGGCAUCACAUCGAAUAAUGCCGGUGGUGUACCUCUUCCUCCUCAAGACUACAUUCCCCCCACACAAGAAUUUGCUGCACGGGAGAUCACUAAAUCACAGAGUUCUCAAUUUAGCUUCUCUGGUUCAUCCUCUGGCAACAUCUCACCUAAUUCAUUCUCAUUUUCUUCAACACCUGUGUCCCUUACAGACAGCCUCAAGCAGGAAGUAGUAGCUCCUGUUACUCAGGAGGCAAACUCACAGUUCACUUUCCCUUCACAACCAAACAUAGGAUCAACCCUUGAUUUCUCAACCCUCGAACAAGGGUAUCUCCCUCCUGUCGAUAAUGUUGAAAUUAGUAACAAUAUCCAACCCUCAAACUCGCCCUCUUUCCCUGAAUUGUCCCCAGCUUCCAUUUCAUUCCCCAGUUCAUCAUCAUUUCCAAGUUCUUCACCAUCGCCCUUCUCCAGUAAUGGUUUCUCUUCCACACCUUCCUCGCCCUCUUCCUCCUACCCAGGAGAUUCAACUUCAUCCUUUGAGCCUUCUGUCUCAACCUCCCCACAAAAUCCAAUAAGCUUUAACCCUGUGUCCUCAGUUUCUCAGUCAUCACCUGCAGGUUCUCCCAUUUCUGGGAAUGGGGCAAGUGUAGGAACAGCUCAGUCCUUCCCACAAUCCUUCCCUGCUGGUUCACCUGUUUCUGGAAAUGAAGCUAAUGGAGGAAACUUUGGAAAUGUGGGUAAUCAGCUAGGAGGUCAACAAGAUAUUUCUACUCCUCUAGACCUUGGAUACCUCCCUCCUGUGUCAGAAUUCACAAGGAACGCCCGCCAAACAGAUAAUAAAAUCUAUGUCACUCCCCUGCCUGGUGUGGAAAAGUCCUUCUUUUCCACACCUGUAUCAGGUCGACGGGCAUUCCGACCCUCUGUGCAGAUCACUGAAGGAAUGGAUAAACUUGAGUUUAAGCCCAAGACUCCUGCAAAACCCUUCGGCCGGGUGUUCUUCCCGUCCAACCGUCGAAGUGACACUGCUCCAGUGAGGUACUUCGACAAUUCACGAAAAUCCUUCGUGGCGACAUCCUCGUCCCCCUUCAACCCGUUCAACCAGUACAGCCUUUCCUUUAGGCCCUAAAAUCCCUUGCCAAACAUUACAACUGUAAACACAGUCUCUGCCAUCAUUAGAAGUAGCGAAAGUUACCAUAAGGUGUAUGAUCACAGGAUCAUGUUUCGGUGCGACUAUAGAUUUAAGUUAGUUUUAUGUGUGUGUGACAUUCUAACCCUGAGGCUUAGUGCUGUGCACAGCCCGACUACCCAGUCUUUCAGCCCAGAUAUCUUGAAUAACUAAAUAACCAUAUUUAGCUAUUGCUAUAAAAAAAUAUAUAUUAUUGUUUUAAAAUUCGUAAUUCAAAUGUAUUCAAGAUUUCUAGCCACAGUCUGUCAUUAAAUUAUUAACCCUUUAUUUCAAUCGCUCGCAGCUGGUCAGCGAGCGAGCAGUUGUUGUAUGUUGUGUCCGCUGUGUUGUUGACGUUGUUGUUAACAUUAUGUGCCCAUACAUUGUAUUAAUAUUAUAGAUACUGAAUAUGUGAAACUAUUUUUGACAAUAUACUUUGAAAAUUGAA